UAAAUGAGGACAAUGUUCUUUUUGAAUAUCAAUUAAUUUCAUAAAAACUGGAGCUUCACAUUUUGGUGUUUUAAGUGGAAUUCCAUGUUUUGGUGUAUCGAAAAAUGUUCUUUAUGCUGAUGGUAUUACACGAGAGAAAAUUGAAGAGUUAUUAACUGAAAAGGCACCUGGAGAAAAUCAAUAUGUUGAAGUCAUAGGUGAUAGUGGAAAUGUUCUUGGUUUAGCUUAUAAUGUAACUGGAUUUGUAAAGAAUGCCGUUUAUAUUAGUGUUGGACACAAAAUAACAUUAACAACAGCUUGUAAUAUAUUCAAAUCAGUGACUAAAUAUCGUAUUUGUGAACCAAUACGACAAGCUGAUUUACUUAGUCGAGAAAUGGUGACUAAAAUUUCAUAA